AUGGUUGAUGUGCAGGCAAAAUUGACCGAACUGGAUGCAAUUUUACCAAAGAUUUUGGAGGAUGAGGUAGGUUGAACAACAAUUAUAAUAUUUUACUGAAAAAAGAGGGGGUUCUCAGAUUUUUUUUGAGGAAAUUGUAAAAUACGAUUUGGAAACGAUAUUCUUGGACUUUAAAAAUAUAUUUAUACCUUGCGUCUGCAAUGCUGAGACUUUCUGAAAAAAAUCAUCAACUUAUACCUCUGACAUGCGUAUAAGAUUUUUCAAAAAUUCAGGUAGUUACUUGCAGGAGUAUCACCCAUAUUUAUGCUCAUCUUUUUUGCUGAAAAACAUACUUUUACAUUUUUUUAAAUUUAGCAACCUGUAAAAACGCAGUAGACAAAUUGCCUCGAGCAAUUUUGUCUUAUUAUCUCCCCGUUGUUGUUUACACUGUAAAAGAAAAGUAUCGUUAAUUUUUGCAAAUUCCAGGAUUAUUUAUACUAUGUAUAUGUGCAGACAUGCCAAGACUUAUAUUUCUAUUCAUUCUUUUCCAAAUUUAAUUUUUUUUUAUUUUUGCAAAAUUUCCCCCCGCAAUUCCCGGAAAACAGCUGAAAAAAACGCCGAAAUGAGGAGAUGCCCAUGUGUGUUAUCUGUCAUCGUACAGACAUUUGAAAGCGUUCUCUGACAUGAAUAUUCAUUAACUGGAACAGACCAAAAGAUCAUUUUGAAAAAAUGGGCUUGCAAAAAGUGGAAAAAAAGCGAAAUGAUGGGAUCGGGUUCUUCGGCCGUUGAAGAGGGACAGUCGAAUUUGACAGAGUCCAAAGCAAAGGUCACAAAUUUAUUGCAUAAAAUAAAGGAGUAUAUACAGUAAAACUUGCAGAAAAUAGAAUGAAAACAAUAUUUGUUGGCCCUAGAAGAGCUUACAAUAGUAAAUAGUACAGGGUGGGGCAUCUUUGUGGCCCGAUUUGAAUUGGCUAUAACUUCUUUAGUUUUUGGCCAAAUUCUAAAAUUCUUUUUUUCCCUGAAUCGUCAGCCAACCCCAUUUUGUUUGAUACCAAAUAUGUUAUACAUAGUAAGUGUAUAUCUACAGUUAUUGGAUUUAUUCUCGGAGUUCAUUUUUUCGGUCGUUUUUCGGUUAUUUUUUCGGUCUUUCCCGGUGUGUCCGGAAAUGGAGUACGAUGCGGAAGAAAAAUACGGUGGAAUUUCCCCUCCCGAAAAUCGACGAUGAAAAUAAGAACAAAAAGUGAAGAUCAACCUCCAGAGUUCGUCGAAUGGUCCUUGCUGAAGGCAUUCCCUCGGUUCUGGCCAAGCUUCGUGUACUGAUAUGCGGGGUUUUUCGGAUUUUGACAAAACUUCUUAAAUUUUCAGCUCCGUUCGAACUCAUGUUUCCUGCUUUUUUUGUUUCCUGUUAACGCUGCCAGUCUCAAGGAACUUAUACCACGAACGUCGAAUUGUCUUGCAAUCUGGAGGUUAGGCAUUACGUCCGUAUUUCAUGCGGUAUCCCCGUUUGAAAAUUUAUUGCCGAACCGUACUUGCUAUACGAAACCACAGACCAAGCUUUUUCUUCCGCACCGGACUCCAUUUUCGGACACACCGGGAAAGACCGAAAAAACAACCGAAAAACGACCAAAAAAAUGAACUCCAAGAAUAAAUCCAAUAACUGUUGAUGACACUUACCUAUGUAUAACGCAUUUGGUAUCAAACAAAAUGGGGUUGGCUGACGAUUCAGGUAAAAAAAGAAUUUUAAAAUUUGGCCAAAAACUAAAGAAGUUAUAGCCAAUUCAAAUCGGGCCACAAAGAUGCCCCACCCUGUACAUACAAGUCAUAAUUAUAACCGCAAUAAAAAAAUGGCUGUAACUUUUUUGAUUGUAAAUAAAAAUGCGUUGUAUUUGGCACUAAUAUGCAUCAUCGUACUAGAAAUAAUGUGCCGAAAUUUUUUUUUGAAAAGUUUCCGUAUUUUAGAAAAAAAACUGCAAAAUUUUAAACAGCGUUUUCUCAGCGUAUGAGAAAUUGACAUGGGAAAAAAGCCUGAAGAAAAAUGCAUAGAUCUUUGUUGAAUUUGAAUGCCUCGUUUUCAGCACGACCGUCAAGUCUUUCGCCAAUACUACGAGCAAUUUUUGAGUGUCAAAUCUACUGUUGAUUGGUCGCAAUUGAAGAUCUUUGACAAAGAGAAAUAUCAAGUUGAGUAUGAAUCUCUUCCGGAAUUCGAUAAGAAGUCAGCACAGGACAUUCUGAAGCGAGUGGCAGUUAUAAAGCUGAACGGAGGGUUGGGAACGACGAUGGGAUGUGCUGGACCUAAGUCGCUGAUCAAGAUACGAGAUGGACUGACUUUUUUGGAGUUCGCAAUACGGCAGAAUGAAGUAAGAAGGGUUUUUUGAGGCAACUUGACUUACUGUGACCGGCAAAAAAUAUGGAAUAUCUAAUAUAAGAGGAGCCCUAUUAUCAGUCUGUCGGGAAAGUAAUGAGCAAAAUGAUGCUGCGCAAAUUGCGUCGCUGAAAAGCAAUUUGAUUUUUCCGCGACACUAUUAGUUUUAUCGGCGGCGACGUGACUUUCAAUGCGACAUCGUGCUCACUAUUUUGCUGACAGAUUGAUAGCCGUGAAUAAGAAAAACAAAGACUAAAAGAUUGGUUCAUUGAAGGUUUAAGCGAGCGAUUACAAAGCAUCCUUUAAGAUCUCAUAACAGCUUUCCUUCGACCCAUUUUUGACCUUUUUGGCAACAAGAUCCCUUCUACAGUGAGGGACCUUUUCCAGCGGCCAAAACCGUACCAUUUUGCAUCCGAGAAGCAUCAAAAAUAUGGCAAAAUGCCUCCCUCUCCAAGUAAAAAACUUUGUUUUGAAGGGUUCACAAAAAAGCGGGCGCGCUUUUGAAAUCGGAUUUUUUCACCUGGAAAGGGAGGUAUUUUGCCACAUUUUGAUACUUCCCGGGUGCAAAAUGGUACCUUUUUUGCCACUGGAUCAGGUCCCCCACUGUGUCAUCUUUAUUUCAGCUCUUGAACGCCCAUUAUGAAUCCAAUGUGCCAUUGAUCUUGAUGAACUCCUAUCGGACUGAAGCUGAGACCAAGACCUGGCUUACAGAGCAUAAUCUUCAAGACAAAGUGGAGAUGUUCAACCAAUCCAGAUGCCCACGAAUCUUUGCUGAUUCUCUUCUACCGGUACCAAGCUCUCCGAGUGACCGAGAGGAUGAUGGGUAAGGCUUAUGCAGUUUACUAUUAUGCUGUUCGGAAAUCAUAAGCGCUUUAUCUGGGCUGCAGAGUAGAUUAUUUUGACAUUUUUAGUUGGUACCCUCCCGGUCACGGCAACGUCUUUGCCGCUCUAAAUAACACUGGUUGGCUGGACCGGCUCCUCUCCGAAGGUCGUGAUAUCAUCUUUGUUUCCAAUAUUGACAACACCGCAGCUACUGUGGAUGUUAAAAUCUCCAGUGUUAUUGCCAGGGAAGAUGUUGAGUACGUCAUGGAGAACACAAAUAAAACUCAGCAGGACAUCAAGGGCGGCACUUUGAUUGAGUAUGAAGGGACUAUCAAGCAUUUGGAAUUACCGCAUGUUCCACAUGAUAAAGUGGAUGAGUUCUGCUCUCUCAAGACUUUUAAGUAAGUGGCCAUCUAUUGCAUUAUUAUAAACAAGAGGGUUGAUGGAGAUAUUGAUGGCAUAUUGGGCAGAAAUUUGCGUUAAGUUCUCUAUGGGAUAUCCGAAAUUUUUGGCUUGGAAUUUUCGAUUUUUUUGUUGUAAAUUGAUAAAAAUUCAGCGGAAUUUUGCGAAUAGAAGGAAAUCCAUUCCUUAUGUGAUGAGCAACAGCUCUACAAAAAUUUGUGUUUUUCUGGUCAACAUUUGCAAAGAUAUGGCCAAAAACACCUUUUGGACCCUCCUUAUUUCCCAUAGUGUCUCGUCCAGAAACAGCGUUGCAUAUCUCGGCUGUACUUGCAAAGCUGGAACCAAACUUUUUUGCAAUUGAUACACGCUAUUCACAGAUUAUCUAUGCAAAAUUUUAAGAAGAUCUGAGACAUGCUCCUUGAGAUAUUCCCGUGGUUUUACACAACUUUCAAUCCAUUUUCUAGAGUUUUGAAGUCCCCAAAAUAAUUUCCUUUCCUCUGACGUCAAAUGCGGUAUAAUAAUAGUAAAAAGUCUUUAUGAUUUUUUUGUCUGCAUCUGUUUUGCACCUUGACGAUCAAUUAAACACCCAUCUUCCAGAACCUUCAAUACCAACAACAUCUGGGUGGAUCUGAAGGCCGUGAAGAGAAUGCUGGCCAGCAUGAGGCUGGAGGUGCUCCCCAAUCGAAAGGUCAGUGAUUUGUAUUGCUAAUGAAGCCGGGUUUAUUAAAAAGAGCGUCGGUUGGGAGAUACGGUGAGAUAGGUUGAAUUAUUUGCAUUUUUUUCUGUGUGGUGCAUGAAAAACUGAAGAAAAACGUAAUCUUUGAGGUGGAGGAAAAAUCCAGAGAUUAAGUGAUAAAUUCCGAUCAGAAACAUUUUUUACUUUUGACGGGUCUCAGCUCCAGAAAAAUAUACAUUUUAGGCAAAUCGGCGGAGUCUCCGCGAAGAAAUCAUAAGAAAAAAGUUAUUAGUUUCGAGUGGCCCACCCUGUAGAAUCCUUUCCCUCACAGACUGUGGCACCACUUUAGGGACAAACGGCGUUUGCCUUCCUAAUUAAUUUACCCCUUAACUAUAUCACAUCUCUUCAAAUUUUUUGGCCCUUCAAAUUUGGAAAGACAAUAGAAAGAGAUUGUUAUUCCAGACGGGUCAAUUGAAUUCAAAUUGCUUACUCAAAACUUUCGUUGAAAGCAUUGCCAAUUUAGGAAACGGAAAAAACGCCCAGAACUUGAACGGUUGGUAUGAUAUGUCUAUGCUUCCUUCAUAAUUUUGUUAUUUCAUGGACAAAAAUGAAUGUCGUUUAAAAAUACUAAUUCCAAAAACAAAGUCUGUGCGCCGCCUCCGCCGGAGGUUAUAGCCUCCGAUUUUCUUCCACGUUUCUUGAAAGACCCUGUAUUUAUGAUCAAAAAACCUAAAAAGAUCGUUGUCUUUGCUGUCGCUGAGAUGAUGCAUAAUGUAGAAUGCAUGUGCAAAAAAUGAAGGAAAAUCCGAGUGUCGCAUUUUGAACACUUCUCAUGCAAAAAUCGCCUUGAAAUUUUGAAUUUUUGAUAGCUCAGGAAACCAUUUUCUAAUUAGUAAAGCAAAUUUUUGAAGGAUCUAAACUUUAGGGCUUAAUUUUGAAGUCAUUUCUUGUCCGUUCCCAGAGUUUUGCUAUUUUAAACGUAUUCAAUUUACUUAUUUAUGUACAUUUCUUGCAACUAUUUACUAUUAGAAUGUAUACACAUUCUAAAUACACUUUUUCAUAACAAAAAUUAUUCAAAACUUAUUUUCAGCAGCUCUCAACAGGUGAAGCGUGCAUCCAACUGGAGAGUGCGAUCGGUGGGGCCAUUCGGAACUUUCAGCUGGCCAAGGUGGUCCACGUCCCGCGACGCCGCUUCUUGCCGGUGAAAAAGACCCAAGACCUGCUGGUCAUCAUGAGCAACGCAUUUGUCGUGGACGAAAACGGAGUUUUAGUCUUGAAUCCCCUCAGGCAAAUCAAGUCAGCGCCUGUGGUCCAUUUAUCGCAACAGUUUGAUUUUAUCGACCAAUUUUUCGAGCGUUUUGAGGGAAUCCCCGAUUUAUUGGAAUGUGAGACACUAAAAGUUGAGGGGGACAUUCGAUUUGGAAAAAAUAUUAAAAUCAAGGGGAACACUCAAAUUUUGGCAAAAAAUGGGGGCAAAAUUGAGGAUGGAAAAGUUUUAGAGGGCAAAAUUGAAUUUUGA